AAAUAAUUUAAGAAGUUCUGCAACCCGCUUGGUAACUGUGUCCGCCAAAUUGCAUACUGGUUUCUCCGCGCGUAGGGGUCGAGUUUCAGCAAAUAAAAUUUAUAAGUGCAAGACCAAGCAAACAAGAUAAAAAAUGUGCGCUGCAUUUCACAGAAAUUCCUAGGCAAACUGCUUGCAAAAUUGCGUUUCUACGUAUUCCGUUAUUAUUCAUCCGAUUACACCAAAUUCGAUUGCACGCACCUCUUGAUUGAAGGCGUGUGCGCAUGCCUACUAGUUUUAGAGUGUUGAUAGCAGUAAUUUGUAAAAGCGCACGGCUUUUCAGUGCAUAUAUGGCUCCACCCUUCUGACAGAUGACACGGCUGGGUUCUCACAAUCAGUUGCGCUGAAAAUGAAGAUCAAUGAGAAGAACUUAGCUGCUUUCGCGACUUCUUCAACGCCUGUCGACCGAGAGGGCUUUCUGCUCAAGAGGGGCGAAACAAACAAAGGGUACCAGAAGAGAUGGUUCGUCCUUAAGGGAAAUCUGCUUUUCUACUUUGAGAAGAAGACUGACAAAGAGCCUGUAGGAAUCGUCAUUUUGGAGGGAUGCACGAUCGAGCUCACUGAAGAUGAGGAGAAUUUCGGGUUUAAAAUCGUUUUUCACGGCCCUGGGAACAGGAGCUAUUAUUUGGCAGCCGAAUCGCAAGAAUCGAUGGAAGGCUGGAUGAAGGUUCUUUCUUGCGCAAGUUAUGACUUUAUGAAAUUAAUGGUAGCAGAGUUACAAAAACAACUGGAUGACAUAGAUGAGUGCGCAAGCAGUAACAACUACCCUUCAGCGCCACCUAGGCAAAGGCACAACCCCUUCAACAAAAAAGAAGACGCCACGCCUCAGGGAGCAGCGAUAACGGUGUCACUUGCGCAUCAAAGGUCGCAGAACAUGCGUUCGAGCUACCGACCUGAAGAUCUAUUUCGACAGAGGAGCUCGACGUUCAAUGAACUACACGUCGCGUACGGGAGAAUGAUUUUAGACUUGUGCCCCAUUCGACCCACCACAAAUGACCCUGACCUUCUUGUUGCUAUUUAACUUAAAUUAAUGUUAUCUGUUAUUUAACGUGUGAUACUUAACUUCACUUGAACCUGUCAUCAUAAACGUCUCUCUUAAAAUUUCACCACCUUGUUACCUCAUGUUUGUAAAUAAUAUAGAUUUAGAAACCAUAGUGAAUGAUUUUGUUUUCACCUAGAGUGUUUUGCUGUGAAUUUAACAAAACAUUUACCUUGAGAUAGCAAAAUAUAUUUUACAACAAGUUCACAUAAUAUUCAAUUGAUUUGGUAGUUGGGUCGCAUAACCAAAAGCAGGUUGUAAUGCCCAAUAUUUGAAGCCGAAACUUACAGGUACUCCAGUGUCCCAGUCCAACUUAAUCUGCUUCAACUAUUGGGAUGGCGAAGCAAAAGAGCUGCCCUGAGUUUGGCUUAUUUGAGCCUCCAUGGAACUUUCCUACAAAAUUUAAAAUAUUUAAAAGUAAAAAACCUGUUACGUUUGCUCAUGAAAAUAUCAAUACAUACCAUUUGAAGACGCCGAAUCAUGUCCAUGGAAUGUGGAAGGAGCGGCCGAACGCUGUUAAUCUCCAUUAAGGUUAAAUUGUCAACCCUUGCGUGUUUGCCACCGUCUUGCAGCAGCAAAGAACAAGAGGCUCUUGUUUUAGCUUGUCUUGAGUCCCAGAUAUCCUGUUAUGAUUAUGUCAGUUUAGCAAAAAGAAUGUUAUGGUAAGAAUUGUUAUUUUUCACCUUUAAAACGACUUUAAUUUCUCCCGCCUGAGGAAUAUCUUCUGACGCUGCAGUCAAAAGCAAUUGCGCUACUUCCAUGAAAUGUUCACUGGGCAUUUUUGUAAACAGCCUGAAAUUAAUGUGUACAUUAAAAUCCUGUUUUCUAGA